AUGAGCGCACCUCCGAACGGCGUGCCCAACCCCAACGGCGCCAACCCGCCCCCUCCAGGCGCACCGCCCCUGCGUCGCAAGAAGAAGACUGCUGAUCCGCUGGUCGCCCGCAAGAAGCCCAUACCCAAGCCUCCACCGCCCAAACCAAAGGCGAAUGCAGGCACUUCCAAGCCCACCCCGGGCAGGUCGUUCCACACCCAGCCCAACCUCCUCGGUGUCCAGGCUCCCAAGGUCGACCAGAAGACCCAGGAGGAAUGGAAGCAGCGCCGUCGGCAGAAUGGUGGCUGGUGGGAUCCUCCCCCAGCAGCUCCCGACUUCAAGGAAUACCCCGUGUACAUCACCAAGAAGGAUAUCAAAGAAGGGCUGCGAUCUCACAUUAUGCGGUUUGCCAAGGCUCGUGGGGGUGGAACAACCGACAUCAUGAACGAUUCCGAGUUUGCGCGUCCAGUUACUCUUCAUCGGAAGGACGCUCGCAGCCUUAACGUCGCGCAGGCUGCAAAGGAAGAGAGCUCGAGUCCUACGCCAGUGGACCCGGUCGAAGCCGAGCGGCUUGAAAAAGCCAAGCUGGAGAAGGAGGCCCAGCGAGCGAGCGAUCAAGCUCAGAUUGCACCCGUCGCCGCAAAGGACCUUGUUACCAAGAAACAGCCUCAGAAGCAAGAGAAGACCAGCACCCAGACAUUCUAUGCCAAGAGAAGCGACGCGCACAAGAAGGAGUCGACAAUUCGCUACGAAGAGUCCCUGCCCUGGGUCCUGGAAGACGCCGAUGGUAAGAGCACUUACGUGGGCGCUUACACGGCUGCACUUUCCGAGAGCAUGGCGGCCUUGCAAUACGAGAACGACAAGUGGCGAUUGAUCCCGUUGGAGAAAUUCUACAAGUUUACCCACAAGCCCCCCUUCAAGACGUACUCAAUUGAGGAAGCCGAGAAGUUGAUGGGCAAGAAGGUGGUCCAAGGCCGGUGGGCCAUGCGAGACGGCGAGAAAGACAAGCUGAAGGAGGAGAUGGCGGCCACGAGGAAUGUUUUGACUGGCCGGGCAAAGGUCAAAACGGAGAGUGAUACCUUUAGGGCAGCUGCGCGAUCCGAAAAGCAGGAUCAUGACGACCUUGACAUGUCAGGAGACGAGUUUCAGGAUGACGACGAGAACCCGAAUAUGGAACCGGACAACGAUGAGGAUGUCAAAGAGUCUCGAGAGCGAGUCCGUCGUGAGCAGUUGGGCGCGAACAAUUUCGGAACCGCCGAUGAGCAGGCUCUUGAGGCUGAGCUCAGGCGGGAGUUGAUGGAGGAGGAAGCUAGACGCAUUCAUGGCAAGGGCAUUGAGAAGAAUCUCAUCAAAAUCGACAAGAACAUGCUCUAUAAGCAAGACCGAGAGGACUCGGACAAUCUGCUUUCUUCGUCCGAAGACGAUUCCGACGAAGACAAGGAGGUCAAGCAGGAAGAAGGCGAGAAGACGGCCGCGGACGCCGCUACCGCGGGCGCCUCGAAGGGAGCCGGCACCACCUCGGCUAAGCCGAAGGCCCUUCCUGACGGCAAGAAGGGCAAGAGUCUUAAGCGUCCUGGCUCCCCGAACCUCUCCGAGAUGGAAUCCAGCGGCAACGAGUCCUCCCGAAAGAGGGCCAAGAAGCAGGCGACUGGAUCUGUGCAGGGCAGCCGCUCUUCUACUCCCUUACCUAGCUCUCAACGCGCCAAGCUUGCCGCAGGUGCCAUGAGUGAUGGUGAGGCAACUGGAGGAGAGAUGUCGGAUGCUGGCCGUGCAAAGAAGAAGGGCCACAAGGUCACGGUGGUUAGCGGCACCCAUGGCAAGGGUACUCCUACGGGCUCUCGAGCCAGUAGUCCUGCCCCAGCUGCGGGUCAAGCUCCUUCAGGUUCCCAAUCACCGACCCGUCGUGUUUUCGAUUUCUCCCAACCCCAGGGACCUGUCUCUGUGGGUGACGUAGCCUCGGCUAUCCUGCAGCAACAGCCUCCAGGUGUUCCGAUAGGCAAGCUACUCACUCAGUUUGGCAAUCGCAUUGGCGACGGAAAGAAUCAAACUCCUCGGCCGGUCUGGAUAUCGUACGUCAAGCAGGUCGCCAAGUGGGGCCCUAAUAAACUCCUGCAAAUCACUCCGCAGGGGAGAACAUUUUUGCCUUCUUGA